AUGAAUAACGAGCAGUUUCGCCGGCUACUAGCCGACCAGUCAUCGUCAAAACCAAAGGAUCAGAACCCAGUACCUGGUCGCGAUGCAUCGCGUGGCGGCGCAACCCCGGGUGGAUCAUUGGGGUCGCGAAUGCGAUCCAGUAUUCCCAUGACACCACGUUCAGUCACUGGUGUGGACUUCGCCCACCAGCUCUUCGAGCAACGCCGUGAGGGCGAUCGACCUUCUAAGCGAUUUAAGUCCUCCGCCGCGCCGAAGGGUACCUCGCUACCGACCGGCUACCAAGAUCGUGCGCAAUUGCGCAAUAAAGAGGACGAAAGUGAGAAUAGUGCGGGCUUGGAGGCGCGGAUCAAGGCACUAGAAGAUCUGGUUAAGUUGGGACAAAUCGACCAGGCCACAUUCGACAAACUCCGCCGAGACCUCGGAGUCGGAGGUGACCUCGCAAGCACACACAUGGUCAAAGGACUGGAUAUGGAUUUGUUGAGGAGGAUCAGGGCUGGUGAGGACGUGUCGCAAACGGCCCAAAAACCUGCGCCGCCCCCCCAAAAAGAAGACGUUGAUGAGGAAUUCGAACGUAUGACGGAAGAGAAGGGACUUGAGGAGCUUGCUGCUGCACCCAAGCAACGGAAAGAAAAGAAGAAGGGAACCAUGGCACCCCCGCCUGCUAGGCCGAAGACUCGCGAUGAAAUCCUGCGGGAAUUGAGGGAAAGCCGUGCUGCUGCUGCUGCGCCUGCUCCACCGCCAGAGUCAAUCCUCGGCUCGAAGUUCAAGAAGCUGAGCGAUGGAAAGCCCGAGAAGAAGCGGUUUGUGGAGCGUGAUGAGACCGGCCGUCGACGCGAAGUGCUCCUGAUCACGGACGCGCAAGGAAAUACGAAGAGGAAGACUAGGUGGCUUGAUAAGCCGAUUGAAUCAGCUGUGCCUCCCGCGGGAGACCUUAUGAUGCCUGAUAAAAGUCUCAAACCCCUCGGUAUGGACGUUCCAGCUGAUAUUGCUGCCCGUGCUGCUGCACAAGAGGCCCCUGAGAACGACGACGAUGACAUCUUUGCCGGUGUCGGUGAUGAUUAUAAUCCUCUCGCUGGGCUUGAAGACGAGUCAUCGUCUGAUGAAGAUGGCGAAGUGGCAGAUUUGGCUACUCGCAAACCUGAAAAGGCCACUGUCAGUGCAGAGGAGAAGCCGUCUGCCGUCUCUGAAACAGCACCUUCAAAACCCAAGAACUACUUUGCGACUGGGUCCUCCACUACAACAGAGGAGGAGACUAUGGACCGAUCCAACCCCCUCACGAAAGAUCCAACCAUUCUUGCAGCCCUCAAACGAGCUGCAGCCCUCCGACAAAGCUCUCCCUCGGCAGAGGGCGAAGCAGACCAGCCUCCUGAUGCAGCAGCCCUUCGCCACAAACGCUUCAUUGAAGAGGCACGUCGCCGAGACGCCAUGGAUGCUGCAGAUAUGGAUAUGGGAUUCGGAGGAAGCCGCAACGAAGACGCAGAGGAGGAGGACGAUGGUCCCUUGCUCGACUUUGACGAUGACGAGCGAGGCGGGAAAAAGAGAAAACGUGGACCCAAGAAGAAGAAGGGUGACAAAGAUAGUGUUACGGAUGUUAUGCGUGUUGUCGAGGGCCGCAAGAAGGAGACUUGA